CGAAGGGCCACUACAAGAGAUGACUACUUUGACUCCAUUAAUUACACCAGUGAUGGAGAACAAGACCAACAUCACGGUCUUCAUUUGCAAAUCAACAGUGCGGACGGUGACGAAAUAUCGUUGAGCAGUGACGAAAAUGACGGUGCUUCUGUGUAUGGCAGUGAUGUGUUUGGAGGGGGUAGUGAUCAAUACGGCGCCACGAGCGACCUCGCAACUCCAGCGCGACUGUUGACGACAGACAGGCACGCGGGUGGACAUGAUUCAAGAAAUAGUCGACUCCAUCAAGGAUUUAAUCGCAAUCACGAUAUUCGAGGUAGAGAACAAGCAGGUGCUGCGGGUGCUGUACUAGAUGAGGGGACGCAUCUUACCCAAGGACGGUCGAACGGAAGAAUGCGGGAUCGUGACACUCUUGGUGCGACGACUGAAGCGUGUAGUCCUGAUCCGUCACUUGAGGCGUCGUUCAACACUGGAAUUCUGGAUGAAGUAGAUGGGGUCACUCGUCGAGACGAAGGAACAGAGGAUCUUCAGAGACAGGAAAUGCUUGUGCACAAGACGAGAAAAGUAAAUAGACAUUUGGAGCGCUGGCUUAUUCGAGGAAGGAACUUUCAGCUUUCUCCACUUCAACAAUCGGUCCGCCGUGAGACAAAAGCACCUGGCUCUGAGCAGUGUAACACAAAAUGCACGGGCAUUGGUGUUACGAUCGCGGUUCUAGUCUCCCGUACCGUGAUUGCCGCACUUCCGUGUGGGCUGGUCUAUUGUGCUUUGGACUACUACAACAUCCUGAGUUUUCGAUUAAUGCGAGAUUGGAUCGGCCCAUUCCUCUUGCUACCUUUGUUUUGGUGGGGUCCGAUUUUCCUCCGCUGUGCUCUCGAAAACCGCCACACCGAGUGCCUUGAAGAGUUUUGUCGUGGUUCCCGUGACACAUCAGCUUCUGGUAGUGAGCAUGCAAGAAGAAGUCAAUACUUUUCUGCUAUCGGGAACCAAAACGGUUAUUCCAACGAUCUAUCGGGGGCAUUUCCACCGCUGCCACACUCUCUGUCUCUAGGGAAUAAUAGCGUGCGCAGCAGGAGUAGCGGUUGCAGUGGGACGUUGCUUCAGCAAUGUCAGAGGACCGUAACGCAGACUUCGUCAGGGGUUUCGAGAAGCAGCAUAUUGAAAGGGAAGACUCUAUCGCUAGUGUCUUCUGAUGCUAAUUCCUGUCAUCGGCAGCCUGUAUCGGGACCUAUUGGUUCACAAGGUUCUCGCGGAGUGCUUCCUAGCAUGCUAACGUCGUGUCCUCGCGGCGCUUCGUCACCCG